AUGUUUUCUGCAACAAAGCCAUCAUAUGGAGGAGCAUCCAAUUUUCAUCAGGCUUUAGCAUAUGAAGCACGUCUUAAUCGACUUCAUCGUCUAUUUAAAACGCAUUUCAAUGUCACUGAACCAUCACUUAUACUUGAACCAUAUUUAUUUCUGGGCAAUUGCAUUUCGGCACAGGAUAUUCAUCGUUUAUCAAGAUUAGGCAUCCGUUAUAUCCUCAAUGUAGCUAAACGUGAUGUUGAAUUAUGUCCAUAUUAUCCUAAUGAUGUGCGCACACUUACUAUUGAUCUUCGUGAUGAUGAUCGGGAAAAUAUUUUACGUGCAUUUGAUCAAGCAUUUGCGUUUAUUGAUGAAGCUAGACGUUCAAAAUCUCGUAUACUAGUUCAUUGUAGUCAUGGACAAAGUCGAUCACCUGCUAUUGUUAUUGGUUAUCUUAUGCGUACAUAUAAUGUUUCAUUAGAACAAUGCCUUACUCAUGUUGUUAAAGCUCGUCCAUGUGUUAUACCUAAUGAUGGUUUUUUGAAACAAUUAAUUCUUUUUGAUCGUUUUCUUAACGAUCGUCGUCUAAAACAACAAGCAGCAGCUGCCAUGCAGACUACCAAAAGAACAUCACCAACUGAAAUUCCAAUUCAACAUCAUCCAUCUGUUGCUUCUAAGUCUAUGAAACCACCAAUUCCACCGAAAUUAACUCCAGCACAACAUCCAACUGAUCCAGUUUCUAAUACUGCUAAUAUGUCAUCAGUAAAUUCAGCAAGUGUAGAAUCAUCAGCAAAUUCAGCAAGUGUAGAGCCAUCAGUAAAUUCACCAAAUGUAGUGUCAUCAUCAAAGUCAACUAUAGAUUUAGCAUCAAAAUCAACUAUGGAUCUAGCAUCAAAAUCAACUAUGGGUUUAGCAUCAAAAUCAAGUAUUCAAUCCUCAGCAAGUACUAACUCAAUACAUGUCAUACCAAUUCAAAUUGCAUCAAAAGAAUCAAGUCCAGACAAAAUUGAACUAACUCAAUUAAUAGAAGUGCCAACUGAUGACCACACUAGCAGAAAAGAUACACAUAAGAAUGGUAAUCGUUUAGAAGCAAAAAACAUAAAACAAUCGCAAGCACCUAGCCCAAAUAGACUUCCGACUUCAUCGUCACAUAAUGUAUUAGUAAAUAAGAACCGAUCAAGUAAAAAAAAGAUAAACUUUAUUAAACCAGUUCCAACGCAAAUAUCACGAUCUAAAACAGACGAUUUUGCCCGUUCGCAUGGCAAUCAUUAUUCGCAUGUCAAUCAUUAUCAUAAUCAUCCUUCGGCUACUCUUACUCCAGAACAAUGGAACAUUAUUAAUAAUAUGCCUCCAACUUAUUAUAAUUCCAAUCCAUAUAAAAAAACAAAUUAUAUAACUGAAAUUUAUGAUAGAGCAACAAGACGAUUUAUUCCAACUGCAUAUUGUUGUUAG